AUGUCGCGAGCAGACGACGUCAUCAACGUAGCCGCUCACCGGUUCAGCACAGGCGCGAUUGAGCAGGCCAUGACGACUCAUCCUUCGAUUGCCGAAGCUGCCGUGGUUGGCAUUCCCGACGCCCUCAAAGGCCACCUACCGUUUGCUUUUGUCACACUUGCCACGCAUCCUCACCCAGGCCGUGCGGUGCCUGACGAGAAGCUGCUCUCCGAGGUUCAGAAGCUUGUACGUGAACAGAUUGGUGCCAUAGCGUCCUUGGGCGGUGUCAUCCAAGGCAAAGCUAUGAUUCCAAAGACGCGGAGCGGGAAGACAUUGAGGCGCGUCCUGCGUGAGCUAUUGGAGAAUGCGACCCAUGAAGAUUUUGACAAGGAGGUCAAUGUGCCGAGUACGAUUGAAGAUGGCGAGGCUGUCAAGGUGGCGAGGGAAAAGAUUAGGGAGUACUUUGAGGUCAAGGGCAAGCAUUUGCACAAGGCGACUGAAGUGAAGGCGAAGCUGUAG